GAGAACCCAAUCUAAUCCUAUUCCACCGCGCUCUCUCUGUUCUCCACCAGCUCCGAUGGCUCUUCGCCUCUCUUCGGCUCCUCUCUCCGCCCUCUCUCCUCCUCCUUCUCUAUCUCCGUCUCGCUUAGAGGCCGGGCGCCUCUUCUUCUCCAUUCCCAGGAGGCCUUUCGUCCGCUGUUACUCCUCCAAGAAGAAGGAGACCAGCUUCACGGAUCAAAUCCUCGACUACAUUGAAGGUGGGCCUAAAUUGAGGAAAUGGUAUGGAGCACCUGAUCUACUUCCAGAAGAUGGAGGUCUCGAAGUUGAGGAUGAAUCUUCAGAAAUUGAAGAAGUCCGAGAUGCAGUUUUGGUGACUGAUGGAGAAAGCGAAAUUGGCCAGAUGGUAAUAUUAUCACUUAUUCUUAAGCGGGCUCCGAUAAAAGCAUUAGUCAAGGAUAAGCAAGCUGCAACAGAUGCAUUCGGAGCUUAUGUUAAGCCAAUGGUUGGGGAUAUAAAUGAUCGGUCCUUUCUUACAAAGGCUUUGAGAGGUGUUCGUGCAAUAAUUUGCCCUUCAAAUGAUGGCUUCUUUUCUGACAUAGGGCAAAUGAAGGGUGUGCAGCACGUUGUUCUUCUAUCUCAGUUGGCUGUAUAUAGACGUAGUAGUGGACUUCAAGCUGUCAUGAAUAGCAAGCUCAAGAAGUUGGCGGAGAAGGAUGAAGAAAUAUUGAUUGCAUUAGGCAUCCCAUACACUAUAAUAAGAGCUGGCUUGCUGCAAAAUACUCCAGGUGGCAUGCAAGGUUUCAGCUUUGGAGAGGGUGUGGCAGCAAAGGGAAAACUUAGUAAAGAGGAUGCAGCGGUUAUUUGCGUGGAGGCACUUGAUGCAGUUCCUCAGAGAGGGCUAGUUUUUGAGGUGGUAAAUGGGGAUGAGAAGGUUCCAGACUGGAAAGAAUGGUUUGCAGCACUGAUUAAGAGCACCGAAGAGUUACAAUGACAACCCAAAUGAAUCCAUAAGGCAUUCUUUCUCAGCCCUUGGUACUUGCAGGUUCUCAGCCAAGUGCGAUUUGUUUGUUUAAGAAGUGAUGUCAGUUUGCUUUAUGAGGCCAUUGUAUGAUAACGCUGAAAAUCAAGAAAGAAAAUGGUAAUAUUGCUAGAAUAAUUUUGUAACACUUGUGAAAUUUAUGCUUCAAGAAAACAUAUUCUUUACAGAUGGAACCCAUGCGAAAAGAAGCUGGAAGAUGACAAAUACAUUGCUUGUUCUUCUUAGGAACCAUGGGUAUCAACAUUUUUCUUGCCAAAUUUUCUCUCUGUAUAAUUCAGGACUUCUCAUCUUUGAGAUCACGUCUA